UCCUUUCAAUCUCUCUCAUUCUGUGGGAGUUUGCUUAGAGAUUCAAAAGUAUCCAAUUUAUUCAAUUAAUAUCUUGUUUAUCAUGUCAACUCCUGCAUUCAAUUUCUUCAAUAUUGAUUACGAGCUAGACUGUAUAACAACUGUUAAGUACGAUAAAAUAUAACUCCUGCAUUCAAUUUCUUCAUAUUCACUAAAGGUGCAGUUAUAAUUAAUAUCAUUCUGGAAACUAUUCAGAUCUGAAAAAGGAUGGAUCAGUUGAUUUUGUUGCAUCAAUGGUGGCAAGAAUUGAACCAAACAACUCCAUUGAGUACCAUCCUCACAUCUCUUAUUGUUUUCUCAUUCUUCCUUCUUUAUCUGUUUAACCUCAUCAGAAGUAAAGGAUUGAAUUUCCCUCCUUCGCCACCAAAGCUACCGAUAAUAGGCAAUCUUCACCAGAUUGGCGCACGCCUCCACCACUCUCUCCGAAAUCUCUCAGAGAAGUAUGGUCCAAUCAUGCUCUUACACUUGGGCCACUCCCCAGUUCUUAUAGUUUCAUCUGCAGAGAUAGCUAAAGAGAUCUUUUUAAAGACCCAUGAUGCUUUUCUAUACAGGCCUCAAUCGAGAGCUGCCAGAGCUCUCUUCUAUGGAUGUUGUGACAUAGCAUUUUGUCCCUUUGGUGAUUACUGGAGACGAGUGAGGAAGAUUUGCGUUGAAGAACUGUUGAACCAAAGUAGGGUGCAGGCUUUUCAGUUAGUGAGAGAAGUAGAAGUUGUAAACAUGGUGGAGAAAAUUCGACUUGUAAGUCUCACUGGAGAUGCGGUUAAUUUUACUCAGAUGUUUGCUACUAUAUCGAAGAAUAUUAUUAUCAGAUCUGCUAUUGGUCGAGUAUAUGAAGAAGAAAAUAGUAAGAGUUUCUCUGAACUGUCCAGAAGUGCAAUGGACCUUUUAGGAUAUUUUUGCUUUGAAGAUCUGUUUCCGAUUUUAGGGUGGAUGGAUAAUCUAACCGGCUUAACUGCAAAGUUGAAAACAACUUCGGGAGAGAUAUGUAAAUUUCUUGAUCAAGUGAUCGAAAAACGUGAGGCUUUGAAGAGCAGUGAUGACAAAUCUGAUGAGAAAGACUUGUUGGAUAUUCUUCUUCAUCUACAGAAGGAUGGAAAUCUUGACAAUAACCUCACUCGGGAAAACAUUAAAGCAAUAUUAUUGGACAUGUUUGUUGGAGCUACUGAUAAUACAGCAACAACAUUGGAAUGGGCGAUGGCAGAGCUUGUGAAAAAUCCUAGCGUGAUGAGCAAAACGCAAGAGGAGGUAAGAAGAGUGGUGGGAAAAAAAUCCAAAGUAGAAGAAAAUGACGUUAAUCAAAUGGUAUACUUAAAAUGGGUUGUCAAAGAGACCAUGAGAUUGCAUGUUCCAGCUAUGAUUACUCGGGCAACGAUUGCAAGUACUAAACUGGAAGGGUAUGAUAUUCCUCCCAAAGCAAUUGUGUUAAUCAAUGCCUGGGCAAUUCAAAGGGAUCCCAAAUUGUGGGACAGACCUGAAGAGUUUGUCCCUGAGAGAUUUGCAAAUGUUUCAGUUGAUUUUACCGGCCAACACAGUCAAUUCAUUCCAUUUGGAGCUGGGCGAAGGAGCUGUCCUGGGAUUUCAUUAGCAACCGCAGAAACAGAGUUUGUGUUAGCCAAUCUGCUAUACUGGUUUGAUUGGGAGUUACCUGAUGGCACAAGAGGAGAAGAUCUGGACAUGAGUGAUGUUUAUGUGCUACUAAUUCGCAGGAAAGUACCUCUUCGUCUUGUACCAGUAACUCCUCCUUAA